AUGAAGCUCAGCUCCGCCUUCGCCUGGGCCGCCGCCGCCGCCGCCGUCUCCGCCGCGCCGUCGGCGCUGGAGCGCCGCGCCGACUUCUGCGGCGACUGGGACUCGGCCAAGAACGGCGUCUACACCACCUACAACAACCUCUGGGGGAAGAGCACCGCCGGCGUCUCGGGCUCGCAGUGCACCGGCGUCGACAGCUUCAACAGCAACACCAUCUCCUGGCACACGUCGUGGACCUGGUCCGGCGUGCCCAACCAGGUCAAGUCGUACGCCAACGUCGUCGUCGACCUGACCGCCAAGAAGCUCAGCGCCAUCAGCAGCAUCAACAGCAUCUGGCGCUGGAGCUACACCGGCAACAGCCUCGUCGCCAACGUCGCCUACGACCUCUUCACCUCGUCCACCCCCACCGGCAGUGAGGAAUACGAAAUCAUGAUCUGGGUCGGCUCGCUCGGCGGCGCGGGCCCCAUCUCGUCGACGGGCUCGGCCAUCGCCACCGUCACGCUGGCGGGCAACACGUGGAACCUGUUCAAGGGCCCCAACGGCGCCAUGACCGUCUUCUCCUUCGUCGCCACCAGCACCGUCAACAGCUUCAGCGGCAACCUCAACGACUUCAUCAAGUACCUCACCUCCAGCCAGGGCCUGUCCACCUCGCAGUACCUCACCCACAUCGGCGCCGGCACCGAGCCCUUCACCGGCACCAACGCCAAGUUCACCACUUCUUCCUUCACCGUCAGCCCCCGGUAA